UGAGACAGAAGGUUUGGUGUCGCUGGCUUUCACACAGCAGGAAGAAGACGAAGGAAUGGCCACUCCUCACAGUUCCUGGUCUGAGGAGAACUUUUCAUGUCCCAUCUGUCUGGAUGUGUUCAACAGCCCAGUCUCUACACCAUGUGGACACAACUUCUGCACAACCUGUGUUACAACAUUCUGGGAUGACAAAGACCAGUACAAAUGUCCUGUUUGCAAUGAGAUUUUCCAAACAAGACCUGAUUUACGGGUCAAUACCCUCUUAUCCGAGAUGGUUGAUCAGUUUAGAACGUUCACACUAGUUAAAGAGCUGCUUUGUGUUGAACCAGGAGAAGUUCCCUGUGACGUCUGUACUGGGACCCAGCUGAAGGCCGUGAAGUCCUGCCUAGUGUGUUUUAUCUCUUACUGCCAAACCCACCUGGAGCCACAUCAGAGAGUCACAGUUUUGAAGAGCCAUGAGCUGGUCGAGCCAAUGGAACGUCUGGGAGAGAGGAUGUGUAAGAAACACAACCAACUUCUGGAGCUCUUCUGCCAGACUGAACAGGUGUGUGUGUGUCAGUUAUGCACAGUGACGGACCACAAGUCCCAUCCUGUUGUACCUCUAAAGGAGGAAUAUGAAGUUAAGAUGGCCCAGCUGGGGAAGAUAGAGUCUGAGGUUCAGCAGAUGAUCCAGGAGAGACAACAAAAGAUUCAGGAGAUCAAAGACACAGUAGGACUCAUCAAAGCAGACGGCGACAGAGUAAUUGCCGAUGGUGAGGAGGUCCUCAUUGCACUAAUGCUCUGUAUUGAAAAGUGCCGUGAUGAUCUCAACGAAGCGGUGAAAGACAAGCUGAAAUCAACCGAGGAAAAGGCUGAAGGCCUCAUCAAAGAACUUGAGCAGGAAAUAGAAUUGCUGAUCAAUAGAUGCUCAGAGUCAAAGCAGUUCUCACAAAGUGAAGACCACCUCCACUUCCUCCAGACCUUCAUGUCCCUGAAUAAUCCUCCAUCCACCAGGGACUGGAAAACAGUGGAGCUCCGUCAUCCAUCAUACAUUGGCACCUUGAGUAGUUCUCUGGAUCAGCUGAAAAAGACACUGUUCAUGGAGAUGAAGAAGAUGCCUGACCUGCAUUCAGCUCUAAAGAAGUAUGCCUGCAAACUCACACUGGACAAAAACACAGUCUACAGACGAAUCUCUCUGUCUGAUGAAAACAGAAAAGCAACGAUGGAUGGAAAAGAGCAGAGGUAUCCUAAUCACCCAGAGAGAUUUGACACCUGUGGCCAGGUGUUGUGUAGAGAGGGUCUGACUGGCCGCUGUUACUGGGAGGUAGAGAUGGAAGGAAGUGUUUCUAUAGGAGUGACAUACAGAGGAAUCACAAGGAAAGGAGGGGGUAGUGACAGCAAGCUUGGAGGGUACAAUAAGUCCUGGAGACUUCAAUGUUCUGAGGAUCAAUACAAGGCCUGCGGCCAAAAUAUUGAAACAAAAUAUCCCCCCUUCCCUUGCUCUGGGCCAGUAGGAAUUUAUCUGGACCGGCCUGCUGGCACUCUGUCCUUCUACAUAGUAGGUUUUAACAAACUGACACACAUCCACACCUUCAACGACAAAUUCACCGAGGACCUCUACCCUGGGUUUCGGCUUGGGCCUGGUACCUCAGUACGUCUUCUUCAGUUGUAGUAACACGGGGGAAAUCAUGUUUUGGUCCACAUUAAUGACAGCGAGUGGUAGAAAUAACUCAAAAGCCAAUCCUUUCCAUGGUAACCGAGCUGUUACCCUUAAGGAUUAUGAGUGGUGAAGUACGUCUCCAUGACAUCCCGAAUAAAACCUAAAUAAAUCGUAAUAACUAAUUAAAUCAAUAAUAAUACACAGUCAAAUUAAACCAAAUUGAUUAACUUGUCACUUCCUUUAUCCACUUUGCUGGGCAUUCUGUCACUGUUUCCCCAAGUUCACCUUAAUAAGAAGUUAUAAAUUAUACACUUCGGUCCCUCAACGAACACAUGGAGAAACUUAACCUUCUCUCGGUCACACUAAAUCACUCAUCUAUCGCAUCCCUUGGCCCUUUGGAAUAUUAUAUGUGGGAAAGACGAGAAGAGACAACACAGUCCCAUGAGGACUAAAGUCUACACGAAUAGGAAGGAAUGAUCUUAAUAAACAGUAGAUUCAUCAGAUUCAUGGGAACAUUACACAGAAAAAAAAUACAACAGUCAUCCCAAUUUCUGCACAAAAUACACACUCAUAACUAAACCACGAUCCACACUCACACCUCCACCUUCUUCUCACUCUGUUUCUCUCUGUCCUCUAUGUUUCAGCCAUUGCGUUUGGUUGUGUAUGCACUAGAGUUAGUAGGCUUCACACACUGUGUAUAAUCUGUAAUACAAAUCACACUAAAGUGCUGAUGAGUCUGGCUGUGGAGCACAGGGCCUCUAGCUGGUCCAACAGGCCCGCGUCCCGUGGUUCUGGUGGGGGGAGAUAAUCCCCUGAUUAGGGGUGGAGGGAAAAAAAUCUAUUCAUGGGAGAAUCACAAAGCUAAUCUUCUGUGAUUCUGAUCGAUUCACAAUUGCUUUUCCUGUUUAUUUCUUAGGUUGAAUGAAUAUUUAUCUGUAUUUUGUAUAUGUAGGCCUGUGGGCCUUGUUAUAUCAGAACAUGGACAUGAUUUGUGGGUCACCUCUACUAUAAAGGACUAUAAAGUCCAACGCUGCAAACAUUAUUUCCUAGACAUUAUUUCUGUAACUGAUGCUAUUUUAGCUUGUUGUUGCAUCCCCGAUUUAACUGUGUUCUUAACUCAAUAUCUUGUUAGAAUGUAUAGAAUAUAUGAAAUAUACAUAAAUUAAAUAACGGCAGUGAAUCGGGUUCAGACUCUGUGUUAUGCUUCGCUUUUCUUGUGUUGUGGGCCGUGGUGUAACACUAAGCGUUGUUACUUCCCGGUGUUAUUGUGUGAUGAUGUAUGCAAAGGGUGUUGUUGGUUUUUCAAUAAAUAAAUCAAUAAAUAAAUUGUAACGCUCGCAUACAGAUCACUCUUGUUUAAGAAUCGGCCACAAGAAUAAAAUACCUUUAACAGAGGAAUAUGUUAACAGACUGUGUUACCACCAAUUGGCUUCUGAAACUGGCUGUCAUGGAAACCAACGGUUUGAUCAAAAUAAAACACUUUGCAGUCGUGGUGAAACAGGUGAACUAGAGACUCAGUGUCUCACUCUGUCUCUACAUUAUAAUGAACAAAUAAUGAAAUCAAAAAUAAUCCUCUGCCAAAUGUACAA